AUGAAGGAAUAUCUCUCUAACCCUCCAGUAUUAAUGCCACCCAAGCCGGGAGAGCCUUUGAUUUUAUAUCUCACAGUCACAGAAACUGCCAUGGGAGCGUUAUUGGCUCAAUACCAAGAAGGCACCAAAAGAGAAAUUGCCAUCUACUACCUCAGCAAAAAGUUUUUGGAUUAUGAAACCAGAUACAAUCCUUUAGAAAAAGCUUGCAUCGCCCUCAUAUACGCCACUAAGAAGCUACGACAUUAUCUACAGGCUCAUACAACUUUCCUUAUCUCAAGACUAGAUCCUAUCAAGUACAUCUUUGAGAAACCAAUUCUCACUGAGAGAUUCGCGAGAUGGCAUGCAAUGCUUUCAGAAUUUGAUAUUCAAUGUGUAAACCAGAAAUCUGUUAAAGGAAGGGCGAUAUCUGAAGCAUUGGCUGAUGGACCAAUAUCAGGAGAUGAAUUUGAUGACGAGUUUCCAGAUGAACAUUUACUCAACAUUGGGAUAUCUAGGUGGAAAAUGUACUUUGACGGAGCAUCUAAUAGAAGGGGCAAUGGCGCGGGUGUUUUGCUCAUUGAUCCUUAUGGAAUUCAUAUCCCUUUUGCUGUGAAAUUGAGUUUUCCAACGACUAAUAACACGGCAGAGUACGAAGCUUGCAUUUAUGGCGUUAAGGCAACCUUAGCGGCAGGGGCGAAAUACCUCACAGUAUAUGGAGAUCCUAACCUCAUUAUCUCUCAAACAAUUGGAGUAUGGAGAGUCCGAGAUGAGAGAUUACAAAUGUAUACCGAGUAUCUCCAACAGUUCAUUCCGUACUUUGAAGAUAUUGACUUCAAGCAUCUUCCCCGGGAGCAAAACAGUUUCACGGAUGCAUUAGCAAACUUAGCGGUAAAUUUAACAUGGGAAAACAACGUAAAAAUUCGAGCUGUGACUAUUGUGGAAAGUGAUUCACCGGUAGUCAACCUUGAACAUAUGAUUGCUGCAUUGACUUUGCAAGAUGAUAAAGAUGCUUGGUAUGCUGAUAUUAAAAAAUUUCUAAUCACCGGUCGAUAUCCUGAAGAAAGUCAUAAAAAAGACCAAUUGGCUAUCCGGCGAUUGGCAGCUCACUUUGUAAUACUAAAAGAUAGAUUGUACCGCAAGGGUUUUGAUGGAACUCUACAAUUGUGUGUUGACAAAAAAAAAAUACAAAAGAUCAUGGGAGAAAUCCAUGGUGGUGAAUGCGGUCCGCACAUGAAUGGCAGGAUGCUAGCUCGAAAAAUCUUGCGAGCAGGUUAUUAUUGGACCACUUUAGAAAGCGACUGUGUCCAUUUUGUGAGGACUUGCAAGAAAUGUCAAUUUUUCGCAAAUCUCAAUCACAUGCCACCUACCUCCUUACAUAAUCUCACUUCUCCAUGGCCGUUUUCUAGUUGGGGUAUAGAUAUCAUCGGACAAAUUCACCCAAAAGCCUCGAACGGACACCAAUACAUUUUAGUUGCUGUUGACUAUUUCUCGAAAUGGAUUGAAGCAGCGUCAUAUGCAAAGCUAGGGGCAAAGCAAGUCUCCAAAUUUGUGAUCAACAACAUCAUAUGUCGCUACGGAGUGCCUUUUGAAAUCAUUUCUGACAACGGCUCUCACUUUGAAGGGCACUUAAAAGAAACUCUUGAGAAAUAUAAGGUUAGACAUCAUCAGUCUUCCCCUUAUCGUCCUCAGACCAAUGGAGCAGUUGAAGCCGCCAACAAAACCAUUCGAACGAUAAUUGCAAAAAUGACAGAAAAAACCCGAGAAUGGCCUGACAAAUUACCAUAUGCCCUUUGGGGGUAUAGAAUUUCUAUUCGAACCCCAACAGGAACUACUCCGUAUUCUCUAGUAUAUGGAAUGGAACCUGUCCUUCCUGUGGAAAUCGAAAUUCAAUCACUCCGGGUUAUGAAUGAAAGCGAGGCUGAAAAGGCACUGGCCCAGCCAUUGGAGAGAAGGCCAAUGCGUUAG